AUGGGCAACUCCUCCACCAAGGAAGAGGGGGCGCUAGAAGAAGAGGAGGGGGCAAAGGAUGGCGAGGAAUCCGAAAUCACAGAGAAGAAGAAAGAAGAGGUGGUGGUGGAGGGAGAGCUUCCACUGGGGGUGGAGGAGAUGUUCGAGAGUGGAGACCCUGUGCUGGACUUGAGCUACCGUAAAUUCAAGCGCUUGCCGUCACGAGUCAUUGAACUGUUGCAUCUGGAGAAGCUGUAUGUUUGUGGGAACAGCCUGCGCACUCUGCCCGACAGCAUUUCCCAGCUGAAGGGUCUGCGAGUCCUCGCCCUCGACUUCAACAAGAUGGAGGACGUUCCCCUUGCUGUGUGUGAGCUCACUAAACUGACUCGCCUCUACCUGGGCAGCAACCGGCUCAUGUGCCUCCCGCCCGAGCUGAAGAACCUCCGGAGUCUGCGCUGUCUGUGGGUCGAGAGCAACUACUUCCAAACAUUUCCCCGGGAGCUCUACGACCUCCCCAACCUCAAGUCCCUUCAGAUUGGGAACAACCGUAUGAAGACGCUGCCAUCUGACCUCAUUCGAAUGGAGGCUUUGAGGGGAUUAUGGUUGUACGGGAACCGCUUUGAGACCUUCCCCAGAGUCCUGCUGCGCAUGGAGCAUUUGGAGAUUUUAGAUAUAGACCGCAACAAGAUAACAGAGUUCCCCAGCCUGAAGCGACUCCACAACCUUCAUCUCUUCUCCUACGACCACAACCCAGUGGACAGCCCUCCUAGAGUGGGCGGGGAGGUCAUCGUGGUCGGGGAAGGCGCUGCGGAGUUCUUGGAGGCUCGAGAGGCCAAGAAAGAGAGACUACGAAAGGCCGCAGAGGAAGAGGCCGAACAGUUGGCUCUGGCAGAAGAGGAGCCAGUGAUUCAUGGCAUCCUGAAGAACAGCAGCUCCAACUCAAAACAAAUCACUUCAGGGGACGCAGACGCUAAUGAGGAAGAGCCUAUGACAAUUGAGGAGGAGGAAGGGGAGAUUCCUGUCCCUGAGUAUGAUGCAGGUGAUCUUGAAUACAACGAGGAAGGGGUUGAGUAUGAGACGGAGGAACUGAUAUGUGAAGGAGAGGGGUUUGAAUAUGAGGGAGACGAGCUGGAGUACGAGAGGGCUCAGCUGGACUAUGAGUAUGAGGAGCUGGAGGACACAGGGAGGCAAGAUGAAGGGGCAUGA